UUUCAAAAGCUUAGAUGAAUCUGCUGCUACGAACUCGUAAGCUUUCAACUCUGCUUCAUCCCACCAUCAAAAACCCUAAUUCCCCUGUUUUUCGAACCCCAAUUCCCCAUAGAACACUCCAAGAACCCAAAGGCCAAGAUCUCGAUUACAUCAACGUAGCUCACAGUCAUCUUCUCCAUUCCGAUUGGCCCAAACUGGACACCCUAUUACCCAAACUCAACCCAUUUAGAGUCAAACACAUUUUACUCAAAAUUCAAAACGAUUACUCAAUUUCACUCAAAUUCUUCAAAUGGGUCGAACUAAAAAACCCCAAUUUACUAACCCUCGAAACCAAUUGCAUUAUCAUCCACAUUCUAACGAAAAAUCGAAAAUUUGUCUCUGCAGAAUCUGUUUUCAACAAGAUUUUUAAAUCUUGUGAUGUUUCGAUGCACUCCAAGGUUUUUGAUUCGAUUGUGUGUUGUUACAGGAUGUGUGAUUCAACACCUCGUGUGUUUGAUGCUCUGUUUAAAACAUAUGCACAGAUGAAACAGUUUCGGAAUGCGGCUGAUACGUUUAGUCGAAUGAAGAGCUACGGGUUUCUUCCGACGGUCGAAUCGUGUAAUUUGUAUAUGAGUUCGUUGCUUAGUUUGAAUCGGGCGGGUGUUGUGGUGUCGUUUUAUAAGGAGAUGAGGCGGUUGAGGAUGAUGGUGAAUUUGUUUACUGUUAAUAUGUUGAUCAACGGGUACUGUCAGUUGGGGAAGUUAGAGGAUGCACGCCAAGUGUUUGAUGAAAUGCCUGAUAUGGGUUUUAGCCCGAAUGUUUCUUCGUACAAUACGCUAGUUGCUGCUUACGUUAAUCGAGGGCUUCUGGCAACGGGAGUUAAGUUGAAAGUGGAGAUGGAGAAGAAUGGGGUUAGCGCGAAUGUGAUCACUUAUAACACGUUGAUGAACGGAUUGUGUAAGGAAGGGAAACUGCAUGAUGCAUAUAAGGUGUUCCAUGAAAUGAAAGCUACGAAUGUGGCUCCUAAUACUGUAACGUAUAACACGAUGAUUAGCGGAUACUGUAAGUUGGGUAAAACCAAAAAGGGUACUCAAAUCCUUGAAGAAAUGUUGAGAAAUGGGGUUAAAGUCGAUAUCUUAACGUAUAACGCGUUGUUGUCGGGGCUAUGCGAUUUAGGGAAGACUAGAAAGGCUGCUUAUUUGGUUCAAGAACUUGAUAAAAAGAAAUUAGUCCCGAAUUCUUCAACUUUCGCCGCGCUUAUUAGAGGACAAUGUGUACGACAGAACCCUGAUCGCGCGUUCCAGUUGUACAAAAGCAUGAUAAAGAGUGGUUGUCGUCCGAAUGUGGAUACCAUUAAGAUGAUGAUGUCGUCUUUCGUGAAGAACGUCGAUUUUGAUGGCGCGUUUUGUGUUUUUAAAGAGAUGUUAGACAGGCCUCCUAGUCCUGAUUCGGCAAUAUGGAGUGCGUUGUGUGAAGGAUUUUCAAGAGAAUGGAAAGAUCGGUUAGUUAUGAGUUUGUUAAAAGAGGUGGAUGAUGGGUGUCUCACGCUUGAACGUUUUGAAAAGGCUAAAAGCGUAAUCUUUCAUUCGAGUGUUGAGGGUAGAGAAAUAGAACAAGAUGUGUAAUGUGCACAAGCAGUGGCGGAUCCAGGAAUAAUUUUAUGGGGGUGUGAACCCCUUCGGUUUGGGUAGAAGCAAAGAAGAAAGUGGAGAGGUGUGGAAGCGAGAAGCGGGAAUGGAGAGAGUGGGAACACCACCCCUCCACGUCAGUACUGGAGUGAGUGGAAUAGUGAGAGAGAAAGAUGGGUACCGUCCACCCUAAAUAGAACUAUAGCUUUUGGCAAAAGCGAUUUGAUAUUUUAUGGUUAGAACUAUUUAUAAAAUUACAAAAUCGAUACAAAAGUGCUUGCAAGAUACAAUAAAAUUACCAAUAUUGAUUCGUUA